UCAGACAGACUUCAAGCGUCCGACGUCCGAGGUUUAUCGAAGUUGGUCCCCUCCAAUCCAAGGGGUUUAGACCGUUUCGGUGGUUCAGUGAGUCAAUAGCUGCAUCGUUUGCGAAGUGGUCGGGUGAAGGCGGAGCCGAAGUGUUCGUUGGAAUUCCUGAUUGGAUUCAACUUGCGCAUUACCAAUCUCCGUAGUCUAACAACCGCCAAGAACACCGGAGACCCUGAGGGAAGGUGUCCAGCCUGGGAUUCACCCUCUCAGAUUCAUUUCGAAGUCAAUAAUGCAACGGCUAUCGUCAAGAAUUUCGCGGAGCGUAGCCUAUGCGGCGAAAACUGUGUUCUGCACUGAAUUGCCUGUAUCCUCUUCUCCGAAAUGCUUCUUCUCUGCAGUUUCCGUUGGAGCAAGUGCCCAGAAAUUGCCAAAGCUGGAUAUUCCUGGGGAUUUCCUGAAAUGGGCUUCGCUUGGCUUUUGCAGGACAUCGAGAUUCGCCUCAGGGUUCACCCCUUUGCAACCCAAGCCAUUGGAUUCUAUUGUGGAUUUUGAGAGAGUAAAGGAUCGACCGCCUGAGGAGAUUGCUUCUAUUUGGGACGAUUAUCACCUGGGAAGAGGUCAUAUUGGAGCAUCCAUGAAAGCAAAACUUUACCACUUACUGGAGCAAAGAGCAGAGAGUUGCCGAUAUUUUGUCCUUCCCUUAUGGCGAGGAAGUGGUUAUAUGACGAUGUUUGCUCAAGUGCAAAUGCCACACAUGAUUUUCACUGGUCUUGAAGAUUAUAAGGCCAGGGGAACUCAGGCAGCUCCCUACCUGACUGUGUCCUUUUACAAAGAAUUUGCAGAGAGCAAGGAUCUGGUACUUAUCCGUGGGGAUGUUGUAUUUACUAGCAAGCUCAGUGACUCAGAGGCAAAAUGGCUUAUAGAAACGGCUCAAUCAUUUUAUUUGAACGAUGUGAGGUACGAAUUGGUUGAAAGGUUCAACAAAGAAACACGAGAUUUUGAGUUCAAGGAUGUGUUGCAAGCAUUGGAUAUGCCGAUGUUAUGAUUCCUCACUUGAUCAGCAUGCGGAGAAACUGAGGAAUCUUUUUCAUUAGGGUGGAAAUGACAUUUGGCGUUCUAUUUUUUUUUUUUCCGACUUCAUAUUCAUUGUUGUUGCUGCCUCCCCCCCUUCCUUAGAUUGAAUGAUUAAUAAUGGUUGAAAAUUAUUUUAUUCACUUUAAAUGGAUUUUUUUGUUGUUGCA